UAAGGAAAACAUGUUUAAUUCAUAAAGUUGUGACACUUCCUGUAAUGUAGUGAAAGCAAAACCAGAGAGCACGCGCUUCCUUGGGUUCUCAACCGUGAACAAGAAAUCCUUGGAAUCCAUUUCUCCGUAAUUUCACCUCGGACCCUCGGGUUUCGAAUAUUUCAAGAUGAGGAAAAGCGUUCUUUUGAUCCUUCUUGUGUUGAUCGCAAUUUGUGCGGCUAAAUCGUCCACGAACAAGAAACACAAGGAUGAGAAAAGCAAAAAACUUAAAGUAACCGACACUAAGAAACACAAGGACGAACCGAAAAAACACAAGACUAAGAACGAGCAUAAAGACAGCAGCAAGAAACAUCUUAAAGAUGCCAAGAAAAAACAAGACUUGAAGAAAAAAGAUGAAAAACCAAAGAUUUCGGAAGAUAAGGCCAUCAAUAAGACGGCAAAUAACAAGACCGAAAUUGUAGAAAAGAAAGAAAACAGCACCAAAGCAAUCCUCUCACAAAACCCACCUGCCGAUUGCCAGAAUAUCAUAGACGAUUAUUCCAAAGGAAAAUUGCUAAUGUACGAGUACAAAAUUCAGAUCAACCGGUGCAUGAAUAAAGCUAAGAGUGAUGCAGACGGCACAGCUGAUGCUGACGCAAAAUCAGCACUGUUGCGUCCGGACAGUGAACCGACAGAAGACACUGACACGGAUCAAGCUGUCAAUGUGAGACCUUACAGCACCGAAGAACAAAAAGAGGACUUUGACGAAGACUCUGACACAGGUCAUAGCGAUUUUAGCGCGCAUGAUAACGAUAACGACGAUGAUUACAAUGAUGAUGAUGAUAAAAGUGACGAUUACGACGAACCGGAAGAAAACGCAGCUAAAAAGAUGCAAGUCCCUGCAACUUCUGGUUACCAAGUUCCUGAUAUGACAGUCCAGAAUUACAACAUGCCAGCUCAACAGCCAGAAAUGCCAGCGCAACAAGCCGCCUUUUACUACCCCAAUACGGCCCAGACUCCAUAUAACGGAGCACCAGUUCAGAAUCCAGUUCCCGACCAGACUCAAGCAGCUUUCGCUCCAAAUCCUACGAACCAGUACCCAGCCAAUCCUGCUCCUUUCCAUUCCGCAGAUCCAAAUAUGGCCAUGAAUGCUAUGGCCAAGAACACCAUACUAGACGCUGAGACACAGAUACAGCAGCCCCCAGCAUCUCAAGCAAAUGCAGUGUUCGAUCAAUGGCGAGCCAGCAGUUUUGGUGCAGCAGCUGCUACCAAGAAGGACGAAACACCUAACGCUCCAGAAGCUCCCGGCAAUGACCAAUUCGCAGAGUUUAUGAAGAUGCAAGCUUCCACUGGUAACGUAGCGGAGGCAUCACCUAUAAGCCAGCAAGUAGCUAUUCCAGCGGCCAUGCAACAAAGAAGUGACGUUCCACAGCAGCCAAAUGUGUUUCCCGCGCAGGCGCAGUUACCUAACACUGUCCCUGGCCCAAGCCAAGCCUUUUACAUGCAACCUGAAGAGCAUGGUGAUUUCCCUGAAAACCCAUGAGAGAAAAAGUACUCGGUUUUGAUAUGAUCACUUUUGAGGGUAAUAACGUAAUAACCUCACUCACUAUGUGGAGCUCUGAAGGGUGAAAAACUUUUCUUAUUUGGAGGGGAAACAGCACAAUUUCCUAAAAAGGAGUUUCAGUAAGACGUGAUUAUUCUCAUGCAGUGACCCACAUGGAACCUUUCACCUCUUGCUCACGAUAUCAAGUAAAUGUUGGUGGGCAGAAUGGGGCAGAUAACAACAACGAAAUAAAAGUGUCCUCUUUCUAA